CGUCUCGCGGACGGUCGUCUAUCUAAGAGGCAAGUGCAUGUGCAUAUGCACUGGUGCCGGUGCUUGAGUCAAGUGCGCCCAGUGACUUAAUGCCGGCUUCAGCCACUGGCUAUGGGCGGUCUCCUCUUGUCUAAAACCGCGGCAUGGACGUUGUUCUUCUGGUUUGUGUUGUGUUCAGUGAAGACUGUGCUCGCCGCCACCGAUCUUGACUUCCUGCAGGAUCUCGGCCUGGAAUCUAACCUGGACGUAACCAAAAUAAACGUCAGCCAAGACGAGUAUACCAGAAUGAUGAAUGUGUAUCUAGAGCGACUUACGGAUUCUCAACAAUCCGACACCAUUCCUAAACUUAUUACCUUUAAUUCAGAGAGAAAAUCUUGGAGACGACGGAGGGAUGACGUAACCCGUUUGCGUUUCCCGGUGAAGCCAUCGACCGAGGACGUGGAGAUCGAGAAUGCGGAACUGCGUCUACUGACUCCACCUAUACCAAAUAAAAGUUCUAUCCGAGUAAAAGUAUAUCAGGUUCUGAGCCCGCGCCGACGGAGGUUCCUCGAAGAGCGUGUGGUCUAUCCAUCUCAGCUGGGUCCUAAGUGGUGCGAGUUUGAUGUCACGGAGGCUGUCCAAAGGUGGAUGCUUGGAGAUAGGAACUUGGGUUUGGAAUUGGAGUGCAUCGAAUGCGGAGAGCUUAGGCCUAUCGAGGCGGCGCUUAGUGCUCUGGUACUACCAGGAGGAAGUCGUCGUCGGCGGAGCGCCCAUUACGAUGAAGGCAGACGCACGGAUUGUAUCAGCAACGAGAGCAGGCCUAGAUGCUGCCGUCACGAUAUGGAAGUCAGCUUCAAGAAGCUUAAGAUGGACAACAUCUUGGCACCGAAGAGUUACGAAGCUGGUUUCUGCAGAGGACGUUGCCCACUGAACUACAACCACGCUACGAACCACUCCCGCAUCCAGAAUAUGGUCCACAAGUUGGACCGCAAGGCCACCCCAAGAGCUUGCUGCGCUCCAUCCAAGCUGGAACCGCUGGAGAUCCUCAGGGUGGACCCGCACGACGGCACCAAGCUAUCCGUCGACAAGUGGGACAACAUGAAAGUACUGGAGUGUGCUUGUUCCUAGUGCUCGCUUGCCAAAGAGACUAAGACAUUUAUAUACACUAUAUACAUUAUGAUUUUGUUUUAU